CACAGCAUCAUCAGCAUCCCGGCCAGCAGGCAUGGCCCUUUAAACCCAGCUGCAAGACCCCUCUUCCCUCCACCCACCGCCCCCCAAUUCCUUCGCCAGCCUCCGAGGAGAUCUGCAAGGAGGAAACCCUGUGGCCAUCUAAAGUGACUUGGAUUUAUGUUCUUUUUCUGCCUUCAAAAAAAACCUGGGUCCAGCUAAAAUGAUCAGCAGAAAGUAGGACAGUCUAUUUUUGUUGGUUAUAGAAUUCACCUGGAAAUGCCAAAAGUAUUCUUCAGAGCAGCAGAGUGCAGCUAAAGAUCAUCAGGACCUAUUUCUUUGGUUGCAACUUUCAACAUGACCAAUCCCCAGCCUUCAAUAGAAGGUGGAGUUUCUGAAGUAGAGAUAAUCUCACAACAAGUAGAAGAAGAAACCAAAAGCAUAGCUCCAGUACAGCUUGUUAACUUUGCUUAUCGAGAUUUACCUCUGGCGGCUCUUGAUCUCUCUGCGGCAGGGUCACAGCUUCUGUCAAAUUUGGAUGAAGAAUACCAAAGAGAAGGAUCAAACUGGCUAAAGCCAUGCUGUGGGAGGCGAGCGGCUGUGUGGCAGGUAUUUUUGCUCAGCGCGAGUCUCAACAGUUUCCUCGUAGCCUGUGUAAUAUUGGUGGUGAUUCUCCUGACUCUGGAACUACUAAUAGAUAUAAAGCUUCUUCAGUUUUCAAGUGCAUCCCAGUUCGCCAGCGUCGUUCACUGGAUUAGCCUCAUCAUUUUGUCUGUGUUCUUUACAGAGACAAUUUUAAGAAUUGUGGUCCUCGGAAUAUGGGACUAUAUUGAAAACAAAAUUGAGGUUUUUGAUGGGGCUGUGAUUAUCCUGUCCUUGGCCCCCAUGGUAGCUUCCACUGUAGCCAAUGGGCCCAGUAGCCCUUGGGAUGCCAUCAGCCUCAUUAUAACCCUGCGGAUUUGGAGAGUGAAGAGAAUCAUCGAUGCUUAUGUUCUGCCAGUGAAAGUGGAGAUGGAGAUGGUCAUUCAACAGUAUGAGAAAGCAAAGGUCAUCCAAGAUGAGCAGCUGGAAAGACUAACACAGAUUUGCCAAGAACAAGGGUUUGAAAUUAGGCAGCUGCGGGCACACCUGGCCCAGCAAGACCUGGACUUGGCAGCAGAGCGAGAGGCAGCGCUGCAAGUCUCUCAUGUGUUGGACAAAAAGAGCAGCCGGUACAAGGUGGUGGACACGGGAGACUCAGACGAUGAAACAACCGAGAACAUCACCAACUUGCGGUCACCCCGAGAGGCUGUGGUGAAGGAUGACAUGAAUAACUAUAUCAGCCAAUAUUACAACGAGCCCAGUACAGACAGUGGGGUCCCCGAACCCGCCAUCUGUGUCAUCACCACGGCAGCCAUCGACAUCCACCAUCCCAACGUCUCCUCUGAUCUCUUCACGGCGGACGUGCCCCUGAAACUCGGCAGCCCCGGGACCCUCUCCCGCUCCAUCGACAGCUCUGUCACCCGGGCCCAGAGCAUCAGCAGCCAGACCUUCGGCUCCUCCACGGACUGCAGCACCACCCGCGAGGAGUCGUCAGAGUACCGGCCCUUAGAGAGGGAGGGGAAUCCCCAGCCGGGCCGCUUCGAGCGACCCCGACCCCGGGUCAACAACGCCAUGGUCCAGGAACUGCUCUCCUCCCUGUCGGAGGACUCCUUGUCACAGAAGGGGUUAGACCCAGUCAAUCUCAAACUUCCGAGCCCCACUGGAUCCCCCAAAACCAGCCCCCAGCUGGAGCACAGGGUGAAGGCAUGCAACCAGAAGAACCAGGAGGAUUUUAACGUGUUUCAGAUCAAGCCAGUCAUCCACUUUCAGCCCAACACGCCCGUGUUGGAUGAAAAGUACAGAUCUUUGGAAUCCAAAGAGCAGAAGUUGAAUAGGGUUCCGGAAUCCUAGUGCUUCCCAAGGGGACGGAAGAUAGCCACCCACCUCGCGGCUUUAAUGGUUGGUGCCCUUGGAUCCAUCCCCGGUCAGACGCAGGGUCUUGCUUCUCACUUGGUCCGUUGAACCGACUGAUCCUCUCCAUGCCUGAGUUCCCGUGGCAUCUUCACGACCUCUGGCUUCAGAGGUCCCACACACAAGCCCCGCGGGCGCAACCACGGUGUGGAGCGAACGGUGACCUCACCGAGUGUACAGGUUCUUAAAACUCUGGGGUGGGGAGGGGGUUUUUUAAGAGUCAUUUUUAUGUAAACUGGACUGUUAGCCCUUCACCCAGGGUCCAGCUUCAGCAGGGUAGAGCACAGCUGGCUGUAAACUUUUUCCUCCUCCGAUUUCUUACAUGUGUCCUUUGUACGUGAUGGCUGUAACUUUGUACAAAUUCAGGACUUCGGCUGCUUUGGAUUUUGCCCCCAGGCCUUUUUCAGGAGCACUCUGGGAUGAUGCAGAUUCAGAGAACUCGACCCGAGCCUUUGAUUUUUCCCGCAUGAGUAUUUCUCAGUAUUUUGAAGGCAAAUUUGAGAUGGCAGUGAAAUAAAAUGGAAAAAAAAAAUGGACAUUUUACAACUUGGGCUUUACUAAUAAAAAAAC